UGUCCCGAAGGUAGUAUCGUAUUUAUUGCCCUUUUUAAAUAAGGAACGCCUCUAAAGCAAUUUAAAUCUUUUGUCAACAAAGCGAUCAUAUCGAACCAUUUUUUAAAAGUCAUACAAACCUUGAUUUUCUGAAAACAUCAUUUAAUCUGAUGGCUUUGAAAGAGCAUAUCCGUUCCUGGAAAGGAAAGAAAACAAAACUUAAAACAAAGCAAAACAAGAUGCAAAAUGGACAGAACAACAGAACUGUUAACAGCGGACGACAGGGACCAGCUAUCGCAGUGGAUUGGUAAGACGUGUCAUUUUGAGUUGCUGUACAAAAUAAGUCGUGAUGGAUGCUCAGCUUCAAAGUUUCAUCAGCUCUGUGAUGAGAAAGGUCCCACAAUUACAGUUCUUUACAACACUGAUAACAGUGCAUAUGGAGGUUUCCUUUUGCAAUCUUGGAGGUCCACUGGUGGUAACAUCAAAGACGACCAUGCAUUUCUGUUUACUUUAUACUUUAACGGUGUCAAAAGACCAAGGAAGUUUGCCGUAACUAAUGCAAAUCUAGCUGCCUAUGCACAUCAAAAAUUAGGACCAACAUUUGGCGAAGCUGAUAUGUCUGUGAUAAUUCAAAACAAUCAAAUGUACCCAAUGAAAGGAAUAAAGGUAACUUCAUUUUCCCCUGCAAUCGCCACGAGGGAGAGAUCUAGAGCGGAUAUGAUGACGUUUCAUGAUGACGUGAACAUAUCUAUUGAACGUGGAAGUCAGACGCGCUUCUUCACACUCAAUGGUCAAGCUGAAUUCGGUUCAGCAUUCCAAAGGCCAUCUGAGAAUAUGAAAGCAAUCAACAAUGGUCACAUGUGUGUAUUCGAUCUAGAAGUCUAUUCAGUGCAAGGUACAUGUAGCCUUCAUAGCCUUCAUGUUCUCUUUUUUCCCGCACAUUCACAAAUGUCGUUGAAGGCAUGGAGGGAACCGCCGCUCUGGGAUGAACAUAAUUUUCAAGCUUUGAAACAUUUUGUCUCCAGUUACAAACCGUUGAAAGAUAUGAACAUUCCCGAGGUUAAUAUUCUACUAGUAGGACAGAUAGGCUCUGGAAAAUCCAGUUUUUUCAACACAGUCAACUCUAUUUUUCGCGGUGAAAUAACUGCACGUGCGUGCGCCGGAAACUCCCCACAUAGUGUGACUACGAAUCUACGUAAAUACAGAGUCAGGAAUCAUGAGACAGGUGGCUAUCUUAAUUUCCGGCUUUGUGAUACCCGUGGCAUAGAAGAGGAAAUGUCCAUUAAACACCAAGAUAUGGCACUGUUACUUGACGGACAUUUAUCUGAUCAGUACAAGUUUAAUCCUAUGGCACAGGCCUGCCAAAGGGAUCCGGGAUUUAAUUCUAGACCCUCAUUUAAGGAUAAAAUUCAUUGUGCGGCUUUCAUUAUAGACGGAAGUUCUGUUGAUGUAUUGCAAGGAACCGUUCCACGAAAAAUGUUGGAAUUUCAAUCUCUCAUGGUAGAGAGAGGCAUUCCACAGGUUGUGUAUCUGACAAAAUUGGACAAAAUCUGCCCUUUAGCUGAUAAAGAUGUGCGUAUGAUCUUCUAUAGCGAGGCCUGUAAAAGAGCACUCGAGAAAACCGCAGAACUCAUAGGCCUUCCAAGGGGUCACGUGUUUCCGGUAAAGAAUUACGAAAAGGAGACUCAACUGAACAAGCCGAUUAAUAUCCUAGUGUUGACGGCGAUAAGACAAACUCUUAUUUAUGCAGAUGAUUACUUGGAGGACCAGUAUGAAAUCUCUCAAACUGAGGAACAAGUGCAACUGAUAAAUUUGUAGAAAAAAACAGACUGUGAUUUCAGAUCUGCACUUUUGGAUGGUUAGUGAUAUUUAGUAAACUACUUCAAUGACAAAACAAUCUACAGAUUAGGCUUGUCCAACUGAAUAUUUUCUUGAUAAUAAGUGCUUCAAUAUUUGAUCAUAGCGGAUUUUAAAAAAUCAAACUUUUUUCUCUUUGCACUUUUUUCAUCGAAUACCAUUUAUCCUUACUUAAUGAUAAGUAUAUCAAGGGUCACAAGAGAGUAUUGUUUCUUCUAUGACAAGUGAGAAGAGUUGUCUAAGAAAUAAUUACUUGUUACACCACUUUGUCCAAAUAGGGUGCACUGACAUGAGGAUCUGUAGAGGAUCUGUAGUUAAUGCUUGUGAAAUAUUGAAACAUUUAACAUAAACAUACACAUAUAUGUAUGUUAACAAGUUUCAAAAAGUUUUAUGCUUAUUCUCAUUCUUUUCUGUUUUAUGAUUUAUCAAGCAAAAUCAAUUAUGACAACGUUGAAGUCACAUAAAUUUCAUUCUUACAUGACACAAUUUGAAUUUUUCUACAAACAUCAUCUGAGUGUUUUUAUAGAUGUCUUUGUUGGGCUCACAUUGCCUAUCCAUGUAGUAGGUUUAAUGGUCAAAGUGCACACAUCAUGCACAUACAGAAUUCCCAUUGUAAAACACCAGGGCUUAGAGCACAGGUCAGGACAUGUACAUUUGCUUUUUAAAAUAAUAAAUCAGAAUUUUCAUCAAUAUUUGAAAGGGAAAAAAUAUUUUGCAGGGAAUUAAAUCAUAUUUCCUAAUUAAUAUGUUCAUUCUAGAAUCCACCUAUUUUAAUGCCUUACCUCGAUAAAUCUCUAUUAUAUGAAAUCAAGCUAUUAAAGUGCAUUUUCUUGUAAGACCUUUUUUGUUACUCUCUCAAAUUGGGUAGAAUUCAAUAAAUUAAGUUCAAAUCCCAAUUCUUUUAAGGAUUUAAAUAAAUUCAAUAUUUCUCACAAUUUCAUUCAUUAUUUACUGUUUAAUGUACAAAAUAUAGGUAAAUCUAAGAGGGGUUGUAAUUAGUCUAAUUAUCGUUAAACUAUCUAAAUAUCUGUUGUUUUAUGCAAGUGGGAAUAGGUGGAAUUGAGAUUUUUAAAAAGUGGGGAUAAGUAGAAGACAUCCUCAUCAUUAGCACCUUAAAGGUUGGCUUCUCGGCGUGUCAAUAAUCUAUCGCCUCUAGGUAAACAAUGCAAUCAAGCAUAGUGUAUGAACUUGCAGACCAUACCUGAUCUUAUCCAAGUAAUAUCCUGUCAAUGCAUGCAUUGUUUUAAUAUGAAUAAAAUGCAUAUUUACUCCACGUUUUCUUUUAUAAAAAAAAAAUUAAAUACAAAAGACCUUGUACCUUGUACCAUGUCCAUGUGAUUGCAACACCACGGUAAAGUUGACGAGUGUUUACUUAUAUAUACGGGGGUGCUAUUGUGUUUCCGAGUCUGACUAUCCAAAAAGUCAAAUACGAGCGUGGAUAAAAGAAAACAAUAUCCCAUUUAUCUAUUAAAUGACAAGUACAAGCGCUAAAAUUUAUUUGCGCCAAUGCACCCCCUUGCGUUUAUGCUAAAAUACGUAUAC